UGACAAAGUCAGUUCGUCCGGAAUUAUCUCCCCAGCAAGUAAGGGUAAAUUUCAUCCAUCACAUGAAGCCUGAGUUUCCUCCUAAAAUUUUAUUCCCCCCCUUCCACGCUAUUUUUUUACGGCAUACCCUGCUGUACUCACGAAACUCAGUUGAUUCCACCUCACUGCUGCAGCCCUCCCCGAAAUGAUCGAAAAUUUAUCGUUGUGACAUCUGCUCAGAUGCCAUCUGAAUUUCUCGAAUAUUCACAGUUGGCCAAAACGAUUUUACGCUUUACCACGACUCACCCCCUACACUCAUUCCCAUCCCCCUUCGUAUACUUUUACUACUGCGCCAAUUUAUAGUGGACGUGGUACCUUCAACUUUUUGCUGCCCGAUCGAUGGAUCUAAUUUUGAAAGUCGACUCCUGCAGCCGUGCGAUCGAUACACAUCAGGCGAAAUAGACUAGUGAUAGGAAAUACAGGCAAAUGGAAUAGUGAGGGUGGGCGGGGGGGGCAAUUUCAGAGUGGAGGGAUCGUGUGAGUCGGAUGGUCCACAGAUAGAUCUGGCCCGUAGACAUACACCGGAGAGAGACAUACCGAUGUGGAAGGUAGCACCGAGGUCACGACCUGCUGGGGCGCCUGGUCAUAGAACGGAUACAAGUCGGCCCGACCGACUCUCCCACAUACAUUAGGAAGUUUCAGGCCAACUUUUAGCCGCUGGGUGAGGAGCCCGUGAAAUCGGAUACAGCCGACUUGUGCGAAUAAAGUGUAUAUUGGCAAUUGCCUGUGAACUCAACGUGAUCAAAAUUCUUACCGUCGAUCAUAUUGUCGAUUUCUUACGUGGUUAUUCUCAAAGAGAGACGAUCUAUCAAGAAGAUCAGAUUUACAAAGAAAAAACACGUUUACUCACAGGACACGUAAAAAACUAAAAAAAUUUCAAAGUCAUCGAAUCGACGUGGGAUAGCCCAUAUGAAUGGAGGACUCGAUUCCCAAUGAACCAUCAAAUUUUCCCUAACGGUAAAUUUAAAAACUCUGCGGCAUUUCAGAGACAAUUCUCCUCAUCUUUAUUGCCAUUCCCUCCAUUCAAAUGGGAAGGAAAGUUUUGGGGAAGUUGUAGCGGAAUAAAUCGGUACGUGCUUUGAACAAAUCCACGCAUUUGGAGGGUACUCGGCAUGGAGAGGAGUAUUGAGAUACUUCCGGAGGGAGGAAAUUACCGUAGUUCUUCAGAAUUGGUAAAAUUUGAAUGCAAAAGUUUUACUGAUAAAAAUGGAAUUAAUACAAAUGGAGAUAUUCUCAAUUAGACCGCUCGGAUGAUAAAUUAUACCGGUUAAUGAGCUUCUGGGAUAACUUGGAGUCUCUGAUGGGUUGAGGAGGAAAUAAAUAAGGCCUGAUGGGGAACACUUAGUGUGUUCGAAGUGUUUGUACUCUAAAAAGAUAGAUCACCGGGUCUUUUAAUAUUAUUACGAGCCCUGUCAUUACAAAUCCUCGAUUUUUUUGGAAUUGAAGUGAAAUCCCCCCUAAAUCAAUGAAAUACACAUCUCUCCCAUAUUAUUGAAAUUCCCACGAUCGUUCCCACGCCUUCCACUGUCCCUAGCACAGAAUCUCCCCCCUCUCCGCUGUUUCCGUGUCAAGUACUUGAUGCCACAUAUCUUCCCCGUCCCUAAAAAAAAACCAAGAAAAAAAAACCCAAUGAUCUACCCCAUAUCAAUGCCCAGAGAGAUGGGUGGUACACAGAGAAGUGUAAAAUAGGUAGGAAUUGAGAAACGAGUGGGAUCAGAGUGGCGUGUGGAUUCGAGUGCAGCCCAACGUUCCAGAAGAGGGUGGUGAGGUGGGAUACAAGGGGAAUGACGAGGAGAGUAAAGGGAGGUGAGAGAGGUGUUUUCAAACAGACGAGGCCAGAAGGCGAUGAAGAACGAACGCCCGGGUAAUCUCUCUCUGGGGGUAUAUGCAGAGACCCAUUGCCAGUAUAGCUUUUGCAACUGUACUACAGCUGUAUUGCCAGAGUGUGUUUCAAAGACGAUGGUAUACGAUGGGUGAUGGUUUGCAACUGGGGGCCAAAAGAGGAAGAGGGAAAAAGCCAGUGGUACAGAAGGAGGAAAGAGGGAGAGAGAGCGCGGAAGCUUGGCAAUGCCGAGUGAGAGAUGCGGAAGAAGAGAGUGGAGAGUCAAGAACCUCAGAUGAAGAAGGGCUGGGGGGAGGGGAGGGGGUGAGGGGAAGUGGAGUGCCCCGAGGCCGAUGCCACAAUAUUUUGCUCGAUUACCAUCGCAGGAAAAGCCGACCGAGUUGAGUGUGCCAACGACGGAGAGAGAGAGGGCAUUUCGCGAAGAGUUUGCGACCGAUGGAAAAAGGAAAGAGAUGACUCACUCUCCUUUUUCACCUCUCUCGUCCUCCCCCCCUCUUUCUGCACUCGGGGACCCCCUCGUCCGUUGGCCCUCCCCUUCACCACCAUCACGUACCUCGAUUUACCAGUGAACGCUUGUGAGCCAGCUCUCUCUCGUUAGCAUGCUAAUUUAUCGAUGCAUUUAAUUUUGCGCCACACCGAAAAGCCCAGGGGGUGGGAGAGGGGAAAAAAAUUUAUGUUUGAUAUUUUAUGGAAUACUGGCCGAGGAUUAUGCCCGAUGUUUUUAAGGUCGUGCUGGGAAAUAUUAAUGGCAGUAAUGAGGUUAGUGAUUAAUGGGGUUUUAUUAGUUUUUUUUGUGGGGAGAGGGAGGUGGGUUUUCGGUGUUUCAGAUGUUUCGGAAUUUCAGGCGACUUUUAACUGCUUGGAGGGGGAGGCGGGUGGUCAAUUGAAAUGAUUAUUUUGAGGGAGAUAUUAGGGAAGGCUUCACGUUUCGGGAAGUUGUCGAUUUUUUAUUGCGUGGGGGGCCCUUGUAACUUCCGCUCCAGUAGUUUUUCUGAGUGGCGCAGAAAUUUGAGGAGCAUCGCAAUAGGACGAUGAAGGGGACAAAACUUUAAUUACCACCGCGUUGAUGAGUGACCUUUCUGCAGGGGACAUAAAAUGGGAAAAUAAAAGUCAGACCCGGGAAACACGUUACCGAAAUCUAUUUACGAAGCUCAAAAUAAAAAAGCCCUCGAAUCAGCCCUCCAGCCUGGCGACAGCUUCGCCUGAUGUUCCUGACAAGUCUUUAACUAUUGAAAUUUCUGGUGAACUUGGUUUUUCCAAAUUAACUCCAUCAUCGAAAAUGCAUUUGUAUGAAAUUCAGAUUUUUCGAAGAUCUUUUUCUGUCUUUUCUGAGCAUCUUUGGAGAGUCUUCGCCAGUCUAAAAAUUCUCCCCAUCAGCACCAUCGGAAUUCGUUGAGUUUAACGAAACACGUGCCCCCGCUGCAUUAACGAAGUGCAGAGAACAAAAACCGGGAAAUUUUUCCACCGAGACAAAGCCAACUUUUCCCCCCCUAUCCUUCAUCCCGGAUUUAGAUAUCCCUGAAUACAGUAGCUCGUUGGGGGUGGUUGGGGAGGUGUUGGGGAUUAUGCUUGGCAGCACUGUGGGACAUUUAAUUGGAUGCAAAGCGUGGCUAAUAAUUCUCGACACGUGAACAUUCGACGAAAGUUGCCUCACUGCAUUUUCGUUUGCACGUUGUGUACAGUUUCGAGGUUUCUGGUAAUACAGGGUAGAUUUUCAGGGUGUAGAGGGGGUGGAGAAAUUGUGUGAGAACGUUAAUACAACCGGUUUCAAGCAAUGACGUCUUUCCUAUACAACCACCAUGUUGAUGCAUAUAGAUAUUUACCGAGUGUACGCUUGGGGAUUAUACGAACACGAAUGCCACUUCGAACCGGCAAAUUAUUUUACUCGCUAUUCAGAAACUUUUGACAUGGUGGCUUAGGAGGGGGGGGGGUGAUAGUUGGGAGAGGUGAAGGGAGGGUCUCCUGUUCGGGAAAGAGAACGAGGUGGUGGUGUGGUAGAAGAAAGACUGGGACAAACGUGAGGAUGACGAUGAGAAUGAAGUGGAAUGGGAUGAGGACGAGGAGGUGGAGGCCAGCAACAAGGGGCCAACUGGGGGGCUGAUCUGAAUACCGAUCGUGCCUUCAGCAUGCGUGGCUCUCUCAUCCCAUCGUCUACCCCCUUCCUACCUCAAUCUCCUGAACCCGUACCCGCAACUGUUUCCACACUCGCUGCCUUCCGUGAGAUAACCUACAACAGCUGCAUACAUACCAAACGUAUACAUCAAGUACCAACCACUUGGUUUUCCAUGUAUAUGGGUGAUAUGAUUGCACGAAGGUAGAGUCUUGGGUGACGAUAUGGGGAAGGAUAUACUUACAGAACAUUCUGGGGCGGGGCGAAGCUGGGGGAUGAGGUUUUUCGGGGUGAAGUUUUUUUUGAGAUUGAGAGGGACCAGGAUAAAAUCGAAUGUGUUCGAUCGUCGAUAACUUGAAAUCGGUAGAGUCGAUCUUGACGAUUUUUUUUUCAUUUUGAAGGCCGUUGUUUGAGGUUUGAGAAGGGAAAAAAAUUAUUCGAUUUCGUUCGGCGGUUUUCGAGUUAUCGAUAUAGACGCAAUGACAUGGACGGAGAGGAAAAUGUCGUGGAGUCAGAAUGUUUAUUAACUAUGAGACAAUUUACUUGGCUUGAUCAAUUAUUGAGGGGGCAAAAUGGAAUCCUGGGGCUUUUGAAAAAUUAAGGGGUUUAUUAUUCAUUCGUCGAGAUGCGGGACUGGUUUGAAGGUCUGAUAGUGUUUUAUUUGAAGAAAGUUUGAGAAUAUGGGGAGAGAAAAAGUUGUUCUGUUUUCCUAAGCGAUUUUUCCCCCACUGAAAUUAUGCUAAAAUGUUAUUAUUAUCGUGGAAAUAAAUACGAAAAAUAUUCUUGGGAUUAAUGAGUUUUCUCGGGAGCAAUCAAAGUUUUUUAAUGCAUACAAAUCAACGAUACGGAUGAAUGAGGGUGAGUGUUAAGUUGGAAUAAGUUUGGUAAUUUCGGGGUUAUGAUUUAUGAAACUGUAAUUUGUUGAGUAUUAACAUUUUUCCAGUAAUCGCUGUAGUUUGACUCAAAAAUUAUAUAAUAUAUUUUUUCGAAACCUAGGAUUUGUUCCUCCCUUACACUAUUAGCCGUCUCAUUUUGUACAGUAAAAAUUUCUCGUGAUUGUCACGACAAUUUGAUUGAACUUUUCCCUCUCUACCAUAAUCCUUGCAGAGAAAAAUCUCGUUAGACUUUCACGCACACUUCCCCGACGCGAUUUCAUUUAUUUUUUUUUUAUCCGCACGAGUGAAUCAUUCGAUUCUUGCUGGGCAGUAACAGUACCCCGGGGUGUCCCCGUGUAUCCCAGCGUCGUGAGACGCUUCAAUUCGCUAGUCAAGUUUCCUCACAUCACCGCGUCGGUAGGCGGCCAGCGGGACGUGACUGGAGUAGCGGCGUCGAGAUGAGAGAAAAAAAGUUGGUAAAAAUGGUUUGGAUGGAAAAAAAAAAAUUCUAGGGAAAAUGGAAUGAGCGGAGAUGAUGGAAGGGGAAAAAAAUCGGUAAGGAGAGAUGGUCAUGAGGCGUUGGAGAGCAGCGAUCCUAUUUCACUUCUCCCUGCAAGAAACACGGCUAUAUAAAAAUAACAUUUGGUCACGUGCUCUGCUGGAGUAACAGGAGAAAAACAUGUCGGAUAAGGGCGGGGAGGGGGGAAGGAGUGGAUGGAAUAAUAGUGUAAAUAUUUCUCGAUGGGGAGGAAAUUGUUAUCGAUUGGAGAAUUAUUUUGUCCGGGAGUUGAUGGAUUUGGUGAUAAGUUUUAUUGUGAUAGACGGAAAUUUCAGGUAUAGUGACACCCAAUGCCGAGAUUGAAAUGAGGAUUAAAUUAUUUUGAAACUUGGAAGGUCCUAAAAUUUAUGAAUUAAUCUUAAUUCUAUACCUCUAAAAAGUGUAUUCUCCGGUCCCCUUUAAGUCUCCCCCAUUCGUCAAGACUAACGAGCCACUCAUCAAAAGAUACCCCGACAAAUGAUAUCGCAGUAAAAAAAUCUUCAAAAUGUACCUAAAACAAAACCUGUAAAACAAUGACAAAAAAAAAAUCUGGGGGAAAAACGGCUCCCGGCGAUGCGUUGCGUGCGCCCCUGCCUGUGGGGUGACGGUCUCGGUGGAUCCCUCUCGGAGUAGAUUGUAGAAAAAUGAGACGAGGGAUGAAAAGUAAAUAAAGAUCGGCACGAGAAGAGAGGAGACUUGCGGAAGAGCCAAGAGUUGAAAAGAAAUCCUUCUUCCCCUCUCGACCCUUCCCCCUUCCUCUCGUUUAAAACCCAUCUAUACACUUUUCCCUCAUCUUCUUAUCUUCUCACUGCUCUUGUUGGCCAGAUGGUAUUUGUGAGCUCGUGCCACGCGAUCCUCGCGUUCCGUUACUCCUCAAGCGUGAAAUAUUCAUUAUCGAUAGAUUUAACAAUUAUCCCCAGUGGAAAAAUUCACCAUCCACGGCUGAUGGAUUUUUAUCAUUAUUUCAUUACAUGGAUAAACAAAAUACCUAACUCACUGAGGGUGAAAAUAACUCUCACUCCGUGUUGUCAAGGUGGAACAUAAAUUUAUCAUUGAAAUGAAAAAUGAACGGAGAUAAAAAUAUCAGAAUUUUUUGGAAAAAAAACCCGCAAAAUUUACCGCAUCGACUGGUAAACUCUCCUAAAUUAUACAUCAGAAAAAUUUCUGUGCUACAUAAUAAAAAAAAAAUACGGUACAGCUAUGAAAAAUGAAAAUAGACACACACAUGGGAAGAUGGAAUUACGGACGGACGAGGGGGGGGGGUAGUAUAGAGUUAGCUGAUGCAGAGAUUCCAGUUUUUCCAUGGGCGCUUGUGGAAUGCAUCGUCGACCACCCAAAGGAUUUUUCUGUCGAGCGCCCAAACGUGGACCCUUGAGAGGAAUAAAUAAAAUGGUGAAUUUUGUGAACCCCCUUGCCCAAGCCCUACACCCCCAUCCCGGGCCCCUCUCCACCCCGAUGUAUGAAAACUGGACGAUGGCGGAGGAAACCUCGGGAUCCUCAACAACAGUGGACUAUUGAAUGUACGAGAGUGGGUUGAAUUGGCUCCUGUCCAAACUUAUAUUCCAGUUGCCCAAGCCUUCGCAUUCAUACACAUUGCUGCCGAAAAAUUCUUUCUCCUCUCUUUGCAAUUUAUAAAUACGUAUGAACCAACACAAACGGAUCAAAGACAGCCACCGGAAAGGGUGAAAAAGAAGGAGAAAUAAAAUCGGAAAAAUUCACAAGUUGAUGCACAGUACAUGGGGGACAGAAGAGUUUAGUUCCGUUCAGUUGAACUUGUUCUUCUUUCAGUUGUUUUUGUCCGCCAAUUCGUUUCGGGAAAUUCUGAAAUUUCAUUAUUCAAGGUCUUUUUGUUCCCUAACUCUGACGCUUCUUCAUUGUUCGGAAAAUGGAGCUGUAUUUCAGUUUUUUUGGUUGGAACUUGACAAUUUGCUGAAAACGUCGGGAAAAUUGGGGCCCAGAUGGUAUAUUAUUUUAAUUUUAUUUACACGGAUCUAUUUAUUUCAGUUUAAUUCACACUCUCCAAUUAAUUGUCGCUAGGACUUUGUCCAAACAGAUCAAAGAAAGCUCGAUAAAAAAAAAAACAUUGAAAAAAUCGGUAGAAUCACAAACUGAUGCUCUAUACAGACGAGACAAGAGAGUUUAACACCGUCGAGCUGCACUCGUCGUUCGUCCACUUGUUUUUACCCACCUCUUCAUUUCACCCAAUGUUACUGCCCCCUCUUGAUCCAGUCCAUCGCCCCCUUUUUGUCUGUCCACCGUUAAAUAAAAAAAAAUAUAAGACACCGAGUUUAACACACUCGACAGCUCGCCUCUCAACGGAUAUGAACUCGACUAUUAUCUCAGCCUGGACAACUCGUGGAAGCAGAUACUGUUUGGUUUACUCGAUGUCGAAUGCAUCCCCCUCACUUCAUUCCACAGGACGUACAAAGAACCGUCCUCCAGCUGUGCUUCACAUUGCCAAUGUAUGUGCAAAUUCCCACGAGUAGUACCGCCUCUGUCUCCUCAACUAAACUACUAGCACCACUAGGAGAUGCCACUGGAAUCGCCGCUACUCAUACCACGAAAAAUUCCUUAUUCCACAUUUUAUUCGUCCUCUCCCCUCGCAUGCAGCCACUUUUUAUCAUCUCCAAUCAUGCAAUUAGAAAUUCCCAGGCGUGUUUCUCUGCCAGUGUUUACCCCAGCAUAACUCCUGGGGAGACAAAGGGACAAUCGCAGAUUUCGUCAGAUGGUGGAUUUUAACAUCGCAGGCAAAAUUAUUCCCUUCUCAUUCACUUUGUCAUUCGUUGUUUUUCUCACGUGAAAAUGUCGCAAUGUAAACAAUUUCCGUCAUUUUUUCUCACUGUUAUUUACACUGCCGGAACGUCUGGGUAUUUAGAUGUAAUCUGACGGUUAUUUAGUCAUGACUCAGUCAUUAAUGUGAAUGCAAUUUCAAAUGAAAACAUUAACUGAAGUAUCCCAGUUCAAAAAUCCAAUAAAAUUGAGUCGCUCCCUCACAGCUCUCUCAACCCCGAAGACCGCGCCCUCAAUCGGCGAAAUGUUUCCAAUUUCCAACCAAAAAAAUCCCUCACAAAAAGGAAAAGCGCCAAAUGCAAUAUUUAUCUACACUUCGUUAUCCUCGGAAUCUCCCUGAAAGCCCUUCCAUUUUUUUUUUCAAUCCACCAUACAUUUUCCACUCUCCAGUCCCUUCAAUUUUUCCUCUCUCGUCGGUUCACUCCCCCGUACAUCCGAAAAAAACUCCACGGACCGAGGGCUCCCGGCGUUCAUUCUUACGUAAGGGCAGAAAAGAUGACGGGUCCGGGGAAGGGGUCGAUAUACAGUGUAAAUAUUGGCAUGAGUAUAUAUUACGGGUCAGUGAAUUUCUCCAAUUCACCCAGGGCUGAGGGUAUGUUUGGGUCGGUGUGCCAGGGGUUAGUGAUGCUCCCCCUCCCCAUCGCCCUAACUUUCCAUCCGCGAGUCUGGUCUGAGGGGUCGAAGGAGUACACCCGGGUGUAUAUACAUACGAAAGGGGUUUCUGUAUACCCAACGGACAAGACACAUUCGAGAAUCCCGUGCAGGGAUUCCAGACCACCCUCUACCCCCUUCAUCCCACCCCGCCAAUUCUACAUCUUGGUUUGUGAGAGAGCCAGAGUGAGAUGUACCAAAAGAGGGGGCUUGGAGGGAUCGAGGGGGAGUAGAGAGUUAGGUGUGGUUCCUCGCCAUAUUGCACGACUAUUGAACGCUGGAGCCGGUGGCGAACGUGGUGCGGAACUAGGAUCGGUGCCAUGGCGCGUUUCAUUUGUUUGGCCGUAUCCCCCAAGGUAUAUCGGUCUACGUGCCACCUCGACGUACGUGAGGCAUCCACCCCCUCCACCCCGGCCGCGGAACUUGUAUAUAUGUAUUAAACUAUUUUAUAUAUUGUAGGUUGGGUAUUGGCUGUGGGUAUAUAAGCUUACACAGACACCUAAUAGAAGGAAAGCAAAGCACAGCAAUCGGAUGAAACCAAUAAGCGUGAAGGAAUGCGAAGGCCCGAGUGGAGAUCUUGUUGGAGAUCAUUAGCUGAAUGGUUGAUUUUAUUACGGUGAAGAGGUUGGGAACUGUUGGAAGAGGUUUGGGUGGGAUUGAUGGGUGGAAGGGCUAACAAGAUGAUCCAGUUUGCACCAUUAGGUGUACAGAUGUUUGUUUUAGGGAAAUUGGUUUGUUCGGGAAUGUGGGAAUAGUCUGGUGAGGAUGAUGGCGAUGUCCUUAGGAAAGCCAACAACAGGUUGGAUGUUAGGGAGAGAAACUUCCGACAUAUUUUGUCAAGUCAUAGAUCUGUUCUAUUAUUGAACUGUCCACGGCUUUAUGGCGUGUGAGAGAUGAGCGAAAUUCUUCUUUUGUGGGGAUAAUAAAGAUGGAUUCUGUUGGCAGCUGAAACAUCGUAUACCGUUCGUCAGAUACAAUCAGUCGUUGUUCCGCGAACUUUGACUUUUGUCGUAAAACUUCGGUUUGGUUUUGAGAGCGAGUACAUACUAGAGGAUAUGAAGAUGAUGACGUCUUUAGGAAAGCAGUCAAUAGGUCAAUAGCUGGACUGUUUAAGGAUUAUUUGCAGGAAAUUAUUUUGAUGUUUUUGGGAAAGUGACCAAUAGUUCGGAAGCUAAGACUCGAAGCUUUAACUGCCUUUUGUCAACUAGAUCUUGUCUGUUAUUAAAGGACGCCUUGUUCUAUGACUAGUAUCGUCGCCACAAAAGAGGUUUUGUGGUUAGGUACCCUUACUCUCUUGGAAUAGCCUCGACUCAACAUCCCCCACUGCUCACAUUCAAGUUCCUCGUUUCCUGGCGGCGAUUACAGCCUCAUAGUCUUUGAGGGAUCAGUAAAAUCCAUAAAAAGACUAAUUACGUACUUCCAUCUGAUUAUUUUCAACGCACCCGUCUUCAGAUAUUGUAUCUCUUCGUUCUAGGAAAUUUGCAUUUUCCCGCAAAACUUCCUCAUGUUUUGGAGAUCAAAAAUGUUUCAUAGGAGAUAAUGGUAAUGUCUUUAUGAAAGCAGCCAAUAGUUUGGAAGUUGAGAAAAGCUCCAACUAUUCUUUGUCAACUGAAUCUUGCUUCUUAUUCAAGUGCAUCUUUUUCCAUAACCAAACAAACUCCAACUUUUCGACUGAUUACUUUGAAUGUUUCAUAAUCAUCAGACAUCGUUUUGGAAACUGAAGCAACAGUAACUUUACGAAAAUUACCUCUUACCGCGCACUUUUGUUCAGCCUUCCAGAUCAAGAAUAUAGUUCAAAGUCGAUGAGAGAUGAUGGUGGUGAUGUCUUUAGGAACGAACUAUUUGGAAAUUAAGGACGAGAGCUUCGGUUGGCUUUUGUCAACUGAAUUUUACUUAUUAUUCCAGUACGUCUUAUUCCACAGCUAGUUUCAUAGUCUUUGAGUGAGGAGAGGAAUUCAUCUUUCACGAGACAACUACUCCCUCCAACUUCUCGUUUGAUUAGUUUGAAGGCUUCGUAAUUGAGUUACGUAAUUUCAACCGCUAAAGCAAAAGUGGUAUUUUCGGUAAUGCUUCAAUUUUGGAUAAUUCAAAGUUCUACAAUACUCUGUUGUUCUCUCAGUACACUCUUAUUAAAGUAUUUUCACUAUAUUAACGUUGAAGAACUUCGAUUGUUGCACUGUACAUUUAUAUUCCCUUUCAUCAAUCUCCAGGUAAAACGGAUCCUUGUGAAUAGCUGAAGCUUUUCAAACAGGGGCGGAUUAAAUUGUUGAAUUUUUCAAGCGUCGAAAGAGUCCCGAGACAAUUGACCCCUCUCCCCUUCCCCACCCCUCCCCGUGGAUUUCACGGAUUCGUUUACCCUCAGUUUUUUGUAUUUUCUCACUCAACAUUGUUUUACAAGAUGAUUGACCCAGCUGGAUUAAUCCCCCAGGUUCUUUAUGAGGUUGGAGGUCUCGAGUGGCACUUAGACCUGCGCGCAGUCAUUUCGAGAAAGUUUCAACAUCUCGUGCUUCCCAAGUACCAAUCACCCCUUUCCAACUGAGCAAUGCACUUCGCAGUUUAGUAAUAUUUGCUUAUAGUCGGCGCUGGGGAUGGGGAAUUGAGGAAAGUUUUGCAAUCGUUCAAUUGUGGAUGUGUUGGUUUAUCAACACUCAAUUGGUGGUAGAUUGGAUUUUCAACUGACCCUUGUAUUUUCGCGGAGAAAAAUUCUAGUCUUUCCAAUGAAUUUCAGGAAUAUCUGGAAGUUGUGGUUGAAGAAUAAUUUUUUAUCUCAAAUUUGUUGACGACGAUUUUCUGAAACAUAUUUUCCAAUUGUUCACGUUCACGGGAGAAUUUUAAUGAUAUGCCAUGCAAAUUCUACAUUCCCGCUAGAAAUUACGCUAGCAUUUAGUCAAUGUUCUCGAGUCAGUGGAGGAAAAUUUCCUGUUUGUCUGCGAGACAUGUUUUUCCCGAUAUAAGGUGAAAAAGACCUAAAAAUGUAUUCCACUUUGCGAUUACCCAACCUGUUUGGUAAUUUCCCAACAACUUUUUUCCCCGUGCGAAUGAAUGCAUACGUAGAUGUACAUAAUAAUCUCGCCAGAUUUUCAUUCCCAAAAAGCAUUUAACCAUGGAAAAACCAACACUGUAAAGUGUUCGUUUGAAUUUCUAUGGACGAGGAUGAGACCGACCAGUUAUGAACAGCAUAAACUGCAGCAUUCCUCGGUGAACAGUGUGUGCCCACACAUAAGAGUCGAGCGAUGUGGAUACUAUACAGACAGUAUUUCCUCUUCUCCUUUUCCACCUCCGGUCUACUAGAAGAGUGGAGCUUAUACUAGAUACAACACGCCCCACUGAGAAUAAAAGAGGUGCCCCCGUCAUCCAAAAAGAAAAAUAAAUAAAAAGGAAAAUUCAGAAGAAAAGAAAGCUGGCCAGCGAGAUUGAGCGGGAAUGAGGGGGACAGAGACACGAGGGAAUGAAGAAGGACGAAGAGGCUGGAAUGAGGCAAAAGGAAGGAGUGAAUUCCACUAUAUCUACUGUAUAGAAUUGGAAGUGUAGUUUCUCGCCUGUCGGACAAUCGGAGGUAGUCUCUAGCUGUGCAUUUUGCGAACAAUGCUUUCUGGGAAGCGAGAGGUAGUCGUUGAAUCGUCCUAUCCUCAUCUGUUGUAACCAACAACCUCCGAGCGAAGGAUGAAGGACGCCAAUAGGUAUUGGCGUUACCAGUUGGAAAUAGUUCAAAUGGCCUAGGGUUUUGUGAUGGAAGUGUAGUAGGGAAGGAGGGAGGGCCUUUAGGGUUGUAUACCCCAAGCGUAUCUGGACGAUGAAGGCACUCGUGGAAAAGAGAUAACUGAAGGUACUCCGCAGCGUUUGUGUUGUACUUUGCCAGUGGUAAAAUACAGAAUGAGUGGGAGAGGAUGAGAUGGGUAUAGCAGCGUGUAGAAUCGUCGUUCGAUGCGUAACUACGUUCAAUUGCUGGCUUAGCAUGCCUUUUCCGAGAAUUCAAAGCCAGAGUGGAGUAGUUACCCAUUGGCUGGUUGAGGGGGGGAAGGGGAGAGGAGGACUGGUGAUGGUAUGGGAGAAGGACGAAAUAGUGGUAACAUUACGCACGCUUGUAGUUUAUAGCGCAAAUUGUACGGUGGAGAGGGCUUUUCAAUGGGCGCUGGAUGAGCUUAGGCUGAGCUUUUCACUGAGGGCAGUGAGAAAACGCCUACCCAGAACAAUAUAUGGUGGAAACCUUUGGAAGGAUAUUCCAUAGGUUAUUUGGGGGGGGAAAUCGUCAAAAGAUAAUUUCCAGUAGUUUCUAGAGGCCAUUUUUUGAGUGAAGGACUUGGAAAAAUUGGAUAUUAAAUAUGUAUUCAAUGAAUAUAUCAAAUAUAUUGGAUAUUUGGAAGAUAUUUUUCUACGAAAAACACCUCGGGCAGCUUUCAUUUUAUCGUUAUUCACGUGUCGGUGUUUGGUAACAGUGGAAACAGGGAAUCACCUGCCACUGACCGAGUGACAUGUGCCCGACGAUGUUGGCGAGGACGUGUCAUUGAAGUUGAACGAACCCUCGGCGAUGUCGCUCAUUCAGCCAUCUCAUUUCAACACCAUUCAGCUUGUCUACUUGGUCGCUGUAAGCAUUAUUCAUGAUAGUCCCUUUCAUUUCUUGUGAGUUUUUUUUUUUUCACUCUCUCACUCUGCACUGGGUUUACUCCUUUUGGUCAACGCUCCAUGUGGCUUGUCAUUAGCAAUUUUACUCCUUAACACGCGUGAUAAAUAUACACUAUUAUGUCAUUAAAGGGGAAACUGGCUGUUUUGAAAGAGAGGAUGGGGUUAAAAAGAAAUGGAUAGGAUAGAAGAGAAAAGAUGUCGUUAAAAAAUACGCAGGAAAUUGCUUUCGCUGAAAGACACUUUUAUGACUGUGACAGAAUCAUUAUGAAUUCUCCAGAAGCUCCGGGAAACCGCCAAAGAGAUGUGGCAUUCUUGGCUCAUCCCUGUGUCACAUGAGAGAACACGAGGCAAAAGCCAGAGGUUGUGAGUCGCUUCUGGCAUAUUAAAGACGUCGGUACAUAUAACAUGUGACACCACUGUUCUCACUCGUGACCUUUUUCCUAUUAUCAUAAUGAAUAAAAUGAUAAUAAUGUCGUAUGGAACAGAUAACGGUGAACGUGCUGUGUCUCGCAGUUGUUCACUCAUGUUUUUUCAUACGUUUACAGAUGUAGGAAGAAAUUGUAUCGCGAGAGGGAGAGACUGUCGACAGACACAGCAGUGGGCAAUGGGUUAGCCUUUGCACCGUCUUUUCCACUGCCAUAACUAAUUCUAUGAAUCCAUGAAGACACGCGACAAAAAUUCCAUGCAUCUCCGAGCAACUUAUGAGGAGACGACACAGUAAUUCAAGUAGCACGACAUGCCUCACCUUCUCACGUACUCCAUUACGAUGGGCAAAAAAAAUGAGAUACUUUUUGGACUUUGGAAAUGGGGCUUCGGUGAAACCAUGAUUUAUCUUAACAAAAUAUACAGCGACCAGAAAAAAUCUGCCAGUUCUCCGGUUUUAUCUGUAAAUUUCUGUGCGUUCGUCCCUCAAGAAAUCGAGACUCACUUAACACGUCAAAAUUUUGACUUGUCAAUUGAAAAAUUACUUGAACUGUCAUAUCAAUUUCCAACUACAUCCCCCCAAUUUAAUUCAGUUACGGCGAACAAUACGGUGCCUUUUCCAUGCUCUUCACUAUCACUGGAAAGAGAAAAAUGGAGUAAUAAUUUGGUGAGGGAGUUAUCCACACGUGAGAAUAUUCUCUCGGCCUAUUUGAAGGCUCUUUUUCAGCCUCACGCGUGUAUACAGGGUGUCCCAGAAUUGCACGUCCAAACUUUAAACUUAAGUUGGGGGUGAAAUUCUGGAUCGAAAAGUCCUAAGCGACUUUUUGAUCAGAUGCACCCUCUUCAA